ACGGAGCCUUGAAAAACAGACCGCAGCUCCUCCAGGGAAUGGAGCUGGACAGCUGGACAGCAGCGCUGCUGACCUCCGCUGCCUGCGGUGUGGGAGCCCUGGUGGUUCUGGUCCACAGAGUCACCAGGCACCAACAGGCGACGGAGAAAAUCCAGAGAGCCAGGAAGUGGAGGACUGAGAGCCUGGAGCGAGCAGAGCAGGCUGUGCUGCGGUACAGAGACACGAAUCCACAGACAGACUCUGAUCUAAUAUUGAGCCUCACUCUGUCUGACCUGACAAAGCAGCUGAAGGAAGGCACGCUGAGUCGUGAUGACGUUCUUCAUUCUUACAUGGAAAAGGCUCUGGACAUAAAUCAAAAGUUGAACUGCUGCACAGAGAUUUUGCUGGAGAGUGUGGACCAGUUAGAAACGGUUUCCUCCAACAACGAUGGUCUCUUGUAUGGAAUUUCCAUUACAAUCAAAGAAAAUGUUAACUACAAGAAUCAUGUCUCGUCUUGUGGUGUGGUGGUUUAUCUGGACCAGCCGGCUGAGGAGGACAGUGUGCUUGUUAAAGUUCUGAAGAGACAAGGAGCCAUUCCUUUUGUUAAAACAAACAUUCCCCAAGGUCUAUUAAGGGAGACUCCUGGCAAUCAGUCCAACUGA